GAUGGUAUUUUGUACUGAAUAGGCCUAGGCUUAACCUAGAAAUAAUAUUUUUGCUUAGGCCUAGGUCUAUGCCUUGCCGAACCUGGGCCUAGCCUAGCAUACACAGUAUUCAAACUCAACCAUCGAACUUGUGUACUUCCGGUUCUGCUAAAAUAGUUUAUUUUCCUGAUAUUUCGUUGGCGCUAAUUAAAAUCCCAAAAGUUCUAAAAUGAGUAAAGCUCAUCCACCAGAGUUGAAAAAGUAUAUGGAAAAGGUUUUAACAUUGAAGCUGAAUGGUAACAGAAAAGUAACAGGUACUCUCAGAGGCUUUGACCCUUUUAUGAAUCUUGUUGUUGAUGAUGCUAUUGAAGAAACAAAAUCAGGAGAAAAGAGAAACAUUGGCAUGGUGGUCAUUCGUGGUAACAGUGUUGUACUGUUAGAGUCUCAAGAAAGAAUCUGAUCAGUCCAUCUAUUUCACCACUGACUUCAUUUGUAUAAAGGUUCAUUAUCAUCUCAACAUGUGUGGUUCAAAUGUUUCAUCCUUCAUGCUGUAUUGUGUAUAUAUCUAACAUAAAACAGCCUCUUCUGUUUGAUCAUGUAUGAGAGGUUUCUUUUGUAAAUUUUUGUUGUCAUUAAUUUUGUUUUUAAAAAUAAAAAAAAUAUCUGUUA